AUGACCUCGCUACUCCUCCUCAGAACCCUUCCGCUCCUCCACAACGGUUUUCUCAAUCACCGUCAUCAAAUUAGAAUCGCAGCGGCUGGAUUCCUCUCUCACCGUCGGCGUCUAUGGUGUUCUCUUGCUGAUAAACCACAGUUUCGCGAGGAUGAUUCACCGGCGGAGGGAUCCGCGACGGCGAUGAACUCGACGCCGCUUGUUGAUGAUAACUGGCGUUUAGAAGAUCCUGAUUAUCGGAAAUGGAAGAAUCUAGAGGCGGAGAUUCUGAGAGAUAUUGAACCUAUAGCUCUUCUCGCUAAAGAUAUUCUUCAUUCGGAUAGGUAUUUGGAUGGAGAACGGCUAGAAUUUGAGGAUGAGAAAAUUGUAAUUGAAAAGCUUCUUGCUUAUCACCCCUACUCCAAAGACAAAAUUGGCUGCGGUCUUGAUUUUAUAAUGGUUGACCGGCAUCCUCAGUUCAGGCACUCGAGGUGCCUCUUUGUUGUGAGAACAGAUGGUGGAUGGAUAGAUUUCUCGUACCAGAAAUGUCUUCGAGCCUAUGUCCGAGAUAAGUACCCGUCUCACGCUGAGAGAUUUAUUCGUGAACAUUUUAAGCGUGCUAGUAGUUAA